AUGGUGAAGCUCUUCUGUGCGAUCGUUGGUGCGGCGGGCAGUGCGUUUCCUGUGGACAUUGACGCGGGUCAGUCGGUGGGAGACUUGAAGAAGGCGAUCAAGGCGGAGAAGACGAACAAGCUGAAGGACAUCGAUGCAGGUGACCUGCAGCUCUUCCUGGCGAAGACGGCGGACGGCGCGUGGCUAGAUGGAGCUGGCGCGGCAUCUGUGGCGCUCGAUGAACGUGGAUACCCGCAAGGCUUCGGGCAGAUGGAUCCCACCCUGUGGAUCAAGAACCCCAAGCACUUUGGCGAUAAUUUUCAACCGGGUGAAGGACAAGUUCACGUGCUGGUGAAGGUCCCGGAGCAAGAACACGCACAAACUGGAUUGUGGCUUGUCACUGGAUCCGUUGACAACGCGUUGAUCACGAAAGGAAUUCGCUGCAAACUGUACUGGAUGGCGACGUUACGCAUUGGAUACUACGAUCCUACGCGCUGCAUCGGCAACAAGAAUGUCGCGUUUUGGUAUGAAGACAAGAAAUUGUGUUUUCAUGUUUUAUUCGAGACAAAAGAUGCUGCUUUGCUGUUCGAAACUGACUUGAGGACUGGGCCACAAACGCUGGGCUCUCCGUUAACUAACCAGGUUGUUGAGACGCGUGUUGCACCAGCUAACGCUGUGUCUACUGAUCUCCAGCGCGUCUUCUACUGCGACUACGUUCCAGACGAUUCGGAAUCUCCUCAAAACACAGUUUCAUCGAUAUCGUUGACUACAAGCGUUUCGAAUCUGGACUCAUCGACUGACGAGUUUCGUUUUCAGCGGAUUGAGGACGCGAAGUUCUUCCUACCGUACGGCAAGGCAGAAAGCUGCCAUUUGGUGUCGAGAAAGCAAAGCAGAGACCACAAACGGGAAUUCGCCAAGUACGAUCGCGACUCAAACAACAGGCUUGCGCUUUCUCGCGAAAUGCAUGGUUGGUUCGACGGUAUGAGCAUUGAGGUUCCCAUCGUCAACAUGCUACCCGGAUCUGUUGAAGAGAAUCAAUCCAUUGGCAACAGACGCAAGGUCGAGGUCUUCGUGAAGGUUCUGGAUGCUCAGUGCACAGAUCGCGUUUUCAGUCGUUUGAAAGGAGGAUCAACCACGACGGACGAUCCGCUCAUGAUGAAGACGUUUGUUCACAAUCUGCCGGCUCGAGGAAAGAUGGUGAAGCUCUUCUGUGCGAUCGUUGGUGCGGCGGGCAGUGCGUUUCCUGUGGACAUUGACGCGGGUCAGUCGGUGGGAGACUUGAAGGACGCGACCAAGGCGAAGAACCCGGCGACUAUCACGUGCGACGCCAAGGACCUGCAGCUCUUCCUGGCGAAGACGGCGGACGGCGCGUGGCUAGAUGGAGCUGGCGCGGCAUCUGUGGCGCUCGAUGAACGUGGAUACCCGCAAGGCUUCGGGCAGAUGGAUCCCACCCUGUGGAUCAAGAACCCCAAGCACUUUGGCGAUAAUUUUCAACCGGGUGAAGGACAAGUUCACGUGCUGGUGAAGGUCCCGGAGCAAGAACACGCACAAACUGGAUUGUGGCUUGUCACUGGAUCCGUUGACAACGCGUUGAUCACGAAAGGAAUUCGCUGCAAACUGUACUGGAUGGCGACGUUACGCAUUGGAUACUACGAUCCUACGCGCUGCAUCGGCAACAAGAAUCGCGUCUUCUACUGCGACUACGUUCCAGACGAUUCGGAAUCUCCUCAAAACACAGUUUCAUCGAUAUCGUUGACUACAAGCGUUUCGAAUCUGGACUCAUCGACUGACGAGUUUCGUUUUCAGCGGAUUGAGGACGCGAAGUUCUUCCUACCGUACGGCAAGGCAGAAAGCUGCCAUUUGGUGUCGAAAAAGCAAAGCAGAGACCACAAACGGGAAUUCGCCAAGUACGAUCGCGACUCAAACAACAGGCUUGCGCUUUCUCGCGAAAUGCAUGGUUGGUUCGACGGUAUGAGCAUUGAGGUUCCCAUCGUCAACAUGCUACCCGGAUCUGUUGAAGAGAAUCAAUCCAUUGGCAACAGACGCAAGGUCGAGGUCUUCGUGAAGGUUCUGGAUGCUCAGUGCACAGAUCGCGUUUUCAGUCGUUUGAAAGGAGGAUCAACCACGACGGACGAUCCGCUCAUGAUGAAGACGUUUGUUCACGAAGACAGUAAGUACCGCUUCUACCAAGGCAAGAACAUGGAGUCGCACCUCUACGAGGGGAUUCAGCCUGCUGAGUUCUACGACAAGCACGAGAACGUGCUCGCAACCCAGAAGUCUGCCUUCAAGGUCAACAUCGCUCUUGGGUACAAGCUUGUCAGCAGAACUGAUGACAGCGAGACUCGCUACUUCCACCCGAAUAUUAGCAACACGUCUGUAUGUAGCACUCCUGUAGCUAUCAACAGCAAGGCUGAUAUUCGUAAGAAGGUGAUCUCGGAGAUUCGCUCCAUGGAGUUGGCUGACAAGCUCAACUACCCCAGAUCCGGGUACAUGGUGAAGGGGAUUACUGGCUUCAAAAUCUAUAUCUACCAACGCGACCAUGCUCUGGGUGAUAGCGAGGCUGUCAUUCCUAAGGUGAUUCGUGAUAACAAGCACGUCAUCAACUUCCCCAAGACGAACAACAAGUGUGUCUUCCACUGCAUUGCUUAUCACAAGCAGGAGGGAGCCAAGAAGGAUCCUCGCAGAAUCCAGGCUCUGGAGAUCACCUACACUCUGGGUCUGUUCCGCAAUUUCAAGCCUAUCGACAUUCUCCAAUUCGAUGAGCUUGAGGAGUGCUUCAAGCUGAACAUCAACGUCUUCAACAUGGAUGUUGAGACGGGCAAGGUUGAAUGCAUUCGCUGCUCGGACAAGGACUAUGAUUCGAUCAACAUCCUGCCGCACGAGAAUCAUGCUCUCUACAUCACGAACGUUGAUAUGCUCCAGCAGAAGUACCAAUGCUCUACGUGUGAGAUGAUGUUUGUUAGCUCUGAUAAGCUACGCAACCACACUAAGAACCAAUGCGAACUCGUGAACAUCGAAUCGUUCCCAGCUCAGCCAACCAUCUACCAACCCGCUCCGAACAGCCUUCGUUCCAUGCUGACUAAGUACUCCAUCAAGGAUGCUGACCAUUACAUCGAUCACUUCAUUGUCUAUGAUUUUGAGGCUAUCCUCAAGCCUACGGGAGGUGCGAUGCUUUACCCGAAGGAGUUGCUCAAGGAUAUGCUCCAGUACAUCAAGGAAGUUGCGGCUAAGAUUCAGCAGUACAACGUCUCGAAGUCCGAGUCUUUGCUCCGCAAAAUCAUCAACGUCCAUGGUUUGACUGACGCUGAGGUUCCUGGUCUAGACUUGGGUAAGACGUACAAGAUGGAUGAUGUCAAUGCUUGGAUUCAGAACGGGGAGUUUGCUUGUUUCUUCGAUUUCCACAGCAAGCUCACAUUCGGUAAGAAGCGCUCGGAUUAUGGCAAGCUGAAGCAGUGCAUUGGUCAGGUACCAGUAUUCGGAUUCAACUCUGGACGCUACGACAUCGACCUUAUCAAGGCGGACCUGUUUGCAGUCAUCGGUACUGACAACAUCAUAUCAGUCAUCAAGAACCCUAGCUACAUGUGCAUCGCCACGUCAGACAUGAAAAUGCUUGACAUUAGCAACUAUGUUCCGGCAGGCACCAGCUAUGCAACGUACUUGUCGACAUAUCUCGGUGAGUGCAAGUGUGAUGACAAGAUUCGAUGCGUCUGUGGCCUAGGAAAAGGCAUCUUCCCGUACGAGUACAUUACUUCAUUUGACGUACUCAGUCAGCCGGAAGUCCCUCCUAAGUCGGCGUUCGACAGUGCUCUUCGUAGCACUAGCAUCAGCGAUGAGGACUACAUCAUGUAUCAGACGUGCUUCAACAACCUCCAGCAACCAAGUAAGGAGCCUGCUGAAGCGUUUGACUUUCCCGCUAGUCGCUUAAGUGGAUAUAAGACCCAGGAUGCUGAUGCCGAUCGUGAAUUCAAUACGACGCUAGAACACCUCAACGACUUGCUAGAGCGACAAAAAUACCUGUGUGGGCUAUGCUACAAGCAACUCACAGCUGAUACUGCCUCGGCUGACCGAAUCAAUAACAAGCUCGGACACAUCGAUGGUAAUAUCUUGAUCAGCUGUGUGGGAUGCAACGUUGCUCGCAAGAACAUGUCGCUAAAGGGCUUCCGCCACAAGAAGCUACUUGAAUUCAACUCAGACAGAUACGCGAAACGCAACGAGACCAAGAUUCGAGGGGGUAGGAUCUGCAAAAAGAUCAUCGGCUACGAUGCUAAUGCUCUGUAUUUGUGGGCUCUUGGUAAUGAAAUGCCAUGUGGACGGUUGACUACCAUCGAAGCAUACACAGGGAUCGUCGAUGAUAUUGUAAAUGACAAGAUCUUUGGCUUCCUCGAGUGUGAUAUCCGUACACCAGAGCACCUCAAACCCUACUUCAGUGAAAUUUUCAAGAACACCCUUAUCGACUGCAGCGAUCGGAGUGUCAUCGGUCAGCACAUGUUCGAGUACAACGAGGAGCGCAAGCAAAGCCGAGCAAAGCCGGCUAGCAAACUCAUCGGGAGCUACUUUGGUGAGAAGAUCCUCAUUUAUGCACCGCUACUCAAAUGGUACAUUUCUCAUGGUAUGGAGAUCACCAAGACUUACAGCUUCAUCAAGGCUAGCUCUCACAAGGCAUUUGCACCAUUCAUGGAAGCCGUAUCGAGCGCGCGACGAGAGGGUGAUGAAAAUGUUAAAUCCAUCUGUAAGAUCAUUAUUGAGAAGAUGAUGAAACUGGUUGGUAAUAGUGCGUUUGGUCGAUCUGGCAUGGACAUGAGCAAGCACAAGGAGGUCAGGUAUGAGUCGGACGAUAAGGCAAUCAAGGCCAAGAUUGAGCACUUCACCUUCCAUGGAAUGGAAGAGCUGAAUGAUUCAUGUGAAUUCACUAUGAAGAAGCGAAAGCUCAACAAUAAGAACCCAAUUCAUCUAUCGAUUGCAAUCUAUCAGCUCGCUAAGCUCCGUAUGUUGCAAUUCUACUAUGAUUGCAUUGACUUCUACUUCGACCGUUCGGAAUUCCAGUACCAAGAAAUGGACACAGACUCGGCUUAUAUUGCGUUCAGCUGUGAGAAGCCAUACGUUGAGUGCAUCAAGCCCGAGCUUCGUGAGCAUUUUCAGCAGCAUAAGUACGAGCGGUUCCCACGUGAUUAUAGCGAAGAGAUGGCUCAGUUUGAUCGCCGAACGCCAGGUUUGUUCAAGGAUGAGUGGUCUGGUGAUGCUAUGGUAUCAUUGUCCUCUAAGAACUACAUUUGCUACCUACCAGACGAAUCUUACAAGGUCAAGGUUUCCGCGAAGGGAGUGCAGCAGAAUGGUGGUCGAAACGGUAAUAUCCUCAACCUAGAUGGCUUUGAAUCAGUUGUUCGCGGUCGCAUCACGCUACAGGGCACUAACAAGGGGUUUAGACUCACCUUGUACCAGAAGGCUAAAGAACUGGAGCCGAAGAUUACGAUGAAAAUCGUCAAGGAAUGGUACUCAAACCAGAGCGAUAUUCAGCGAUUUCAGGAGCAGAAGAUGCGAUACGAUGGGUUCUAA